GAGAAUUAACAUGGCAGCGAACUACUCUAUGGUACAAUGUUUAUGUUGGCUAUUGUGUAUAAUGGCAGAUUUGGUUACCAUCAGGUUUACGAAUAGUAUCGGUAUAAUGUUAGUAAAGUAAAUUAGGAAUAAAUCAUGGGUUACCAGACAUUGGAGAUUUUGCGCCAAGGUGUUUGGGCAUCAUUCACAGGGGGCUGGUUUUAUGAUCCCCGACAGGACCACUUUUGUAACAUAGCUCAUCUAUAUAUUUGGUUGCUUUUAUUAUGUCUCCCUUUUGGAUUGUAUAUGUGUUGUGCACCAAAUUUAAUCAUAUGGACUGUCUAUUGCAUCAUUGUUGGUGUGGUUUUUACUGCCUUGAAAAUUGUAAAUGUUCAGUUACAUAAAAUGUUUGAUAUUGGAGAUUACUGCGAGGAAUCUAGUGAUGAAUCUGGAAAAUCAGAUGAUAUUGAAGGAGAUACCAUUAUCCUUCCAGAUAAAGUGCAGAAAAAGGAAGCAGAACGGAUUGAGAUGAGUGUUCUGAAUCCUCGUAGACAUGAAGAAACACCCCCAGUUCAAUGCAGCUCUCGCAACUCGUAUGCCGAAGGUCCAAAUAAAAGUAAUAUAUCUUCAUCUCAUGUAGAUUCCAUGGAACUACUUAAUAGACUUAUGAUGUCUCAGUUUGAUCCCAAACCCUGUGGUAGUACUAUUGAUCUAGAAGUUGAUGUUCACCACCGUGAAAGUUCUGGUAGUUCAGGUGCUGCCUCUGUGAAACAAGCUAUGGCAGAACCUUCUCAACAAGACAAAGAUGCUAAAGAUGGUCUAGCAUCAAGUCUUGUUGCUGAAGUAAUGCAGCAAGUUGCUGCAUCCGAAGGAAGAUCUUGGAAUGCUGAUGUAGCAAAAAAUAACAUCCAAGACCUAUCUGAUAUGACCUCCCUAAUGUCUGCUCUUUCCAGUAGUAAUGCUUGCCAAGAUCAAAUCGGUCACUCCCAAGAUACAGCUGUAUCUUCUAGCUCUGUCUACAUUCUCUCUGAUUCCCACCAUCAUAACAGUUACCUUCCUAGUGCUUUGAGCCUAUCUUCUAGUUCCAGCUCUGAAGCCCUUCUUAAAGGUACAGGUUCAGUUGAACUUGGUUUCAUGUCUCAAGAUCCUAGUAUACGUGCAGCUGAAAUUGCUCGAAGCAGAAAUCGCAGUCAAGCCCGGGCGGAACGGGAUAAACGAGUUGUCAGGCGAGCCCAUAGUGAACUGGAAACAUGUCCAGAAAAGCCAUCACCAAGUGUCCCUCCGUCCCAUCCGGUCAGCCUGGAAAUGAUUGGCCGGAGCAGUAGUAGUGGCAGUGGAAUUGGUGCCAGGCCAGCUGUCCCAUUGAGAAGCACUGAAUUUCUGCGUCCAAGUUUCAGUGAAGCCAUCAAACCUAUUGUUGAACUGAGUGAUGAAGUUUGUUGUAAUGAGAACAUGCGAUCAGGUAGUUUUGCAUCACCAAGUUUUGAACAAUCUUCUUCACAAGAAGAAGAAAACACAUCAUCCUCAAACUGCUCGCUAGUUCGACAUCGUUCUUUGGAAACAGAUUCAAAGCACAUGCGGACAUUUUCAGCAAGGAGUAGUCGCUCAUUGGGAAUAUCAGAAGAACUCUAUAUGGAAAGACCGGGAAAUGACCAAAAAUCAGGUGAUACUGGGAAUAUUUUCCAAUCAAAGACAGGAGACUCAGACAAAACAGCAGAUGCUGCAUCAAAACAUAAUAAAGAAAAGUCCGGUGUUAAUUUUUUAAUUCAUCCUGUUCAUGAAGAUAAACCAAUGAAUAAAGCAGACAGUUCUAUUGUAAAAUGUGGGAGUGAAGCUUCUUCAGUGUCUAGUGAAACUCUCUCUAUAUCAUUACCAGAUAGUAAUGAUAGUCAUUAUACUCUUGUGUACAAACCAUCCUAUCAACGAGAGAAUUGCUAUGAUAGGACUCAACUGCCUUUUUUACCAUGGGGUGAUGCAAAAAACUGCCCAUCACCUUCACCAUCUGAUGGAAGUAGCAUUUCAGGAUUUGAUUGGCUUUUCAAUUCUGCCAAUGCGCGAUCUUCCUUCUGUAAUAAAGAUGAUGAUGAUGGUGCUAUGGCUUUAAGCCCUGAUAGUCAGCUCUCUACUAGAAACAAUUUUGAUGGUAAUUCUGACAGCACUGUUUCUUCCCCAGACGAGACAACACCCUUAGAGUCUACUUCUUCCCGCAGAUCACAAGGAGCAAUACCCAAAUAUAGAAGAAGCGAUAGCUCAGGAAAGGAAAGAAAUUCAAAGCAGGCUUUGCAAGGCCCCAUGUCUCCUACAGAAAAGAUGCUAUUAAGUCAGCGUUUGAUAGAAAUUUUAAGCAGGACAGACCCUGCUGAAUGUGAGCAAGAACUUCGUAAAUUGAAACGAGAACUUGAUAUGAAAAGGAAAAAUCCAUCCAAUGGAGCAACUCAAGCCAGUGAAAAUAGCCCCACCAAAGAAAUUCCUGUUCCCAAAAGACCUAAAUUGCUUGCUAGACGACGGCGAACACCUGAUGGUGUUCCUGAAACUUCAUCACUUCUUCCUGGUGCAACUGAUGAUGGUGAGGACAGCAGUAGUACAAGUUGGAUGUCACCGAAGAAGCAGUCUACACAAGGACCUCCUGCGUACCUUCUUGCUAAUUUGCUUUCCACCCCUGGUACCCACCUAGCCAGUUCUCAUAAUGACACAUCACCUGGAGCCAUACACUGCUUCCAGGAUGAACAUGGAAACUGGCUCACAUAUACUUUUGAUGAAAAUAGCACAGGUAUAGCAAAAGGUCUGAGUACAGCUGCUGAUGUGAAACUUCUUGAAUUUAUGAUGGAUAAUAAAUGGGAGACAGUUUCACAUUCUUCUUCUAGUUCACGUUCAACUGUCAUUUUGGACAGUCCUGCUGCAGUUCUUCAUGCGAAUAAAUCAGGUUCCAUGUUUUCCAGUUCUAUUGAUGCAGCCCAAGCACCUCCACUGGUGCAUGCUAUUAGAGGAAGCAACUUGAGAAUGGAUAGCAGCGGAACUCGAUAUAAUCGCAACAGGCGUAACACAAUGCUUACAUCUACUAUAACCACAUCAGCCACCCAAGCUUCAACCACAGGUAUUCCUGCCACAUUGUCUAAUCUAUCUCAGACAGCAAGUUCCCAGGCUGGGACAGAUACAGAUGUUGGAUGUGGAAGAAUACGGUUUUCAGACCUAUCCCGAAUGCGUCCUCCUAAACCUAAACACUAUUAUCGUUACUGGGUGCUUCCUUGCAAAUUCGUAAAAAUACGAUUUGAUCGUCUUGCUCUGUUAGCCCUGCUGGACAGGAAUCUUACAGUGCUUGAAAAUGCGAUAUCUGUUAUUUUGGCAGUGCUGGUAGCUGUUCUUGGUGCUCUAAGUCUCUCCAGAAAUCUAUUUGAAGAUAUGUGGAGUUUUAUAUUUUGCUUUAUUAUUGCAAGUUGCCAGUAUACACUAUUAAAGAGUGUUCAGCCUGAUGCAGCUUCUCCAACACAUGGCUAUAAUCGAGUCAUUUUGUACAGUCGACCUGUAUAUUUUUGUCUGUGUUGCUUGAUAUUAAAUGUGUUACAGACUAGUAUAGAUUACAAUGUGACAUUACCUCCAGUGACACUAUAUGGAAUAGCUCUGCUUUCCACUGAUCUCAUUAUCAAAGCCAAAGAUAUUGUUGUUAUUUUUGUAUUGUUCUUUCCUGUGAUCUUCAGUUUGGGUUUGUUACCUCAAGUUAACACAUUCCUAAUGUACCUGAUCGAACAAAUAGAUAUUCAUUUGUUUGGUGGGACAGCAACCACAAGUUUGACAUCAGCAUUUUAUUGUUUGAUAAGAAGUAUUGCAACAAUAGCUCUAUUGUAUGGGUUUGCUUAUUUUGCAUUGAAGGAGCCAAAUAAUCCAUCUCAAAACAUUAUGUUUUCCAUUUAUUGUGGACUGUUAGUAUCAUUGAGUUAUCAUUUAAGUCGGAAUGCAAGUGAUCCCACAGUAUUAUGGUCUCUUAUCAAAUGCCAUUUAUGGUCUGAAGAUGCACCUAAAAAGGGUAAAGAAGAUGAUGGUACUGAACUUGUAGAUCCUUUACCUUUGAAACUGCAAAAUACUGUGUUAACUCGGUUGCGAUCUGAUGCCAUUGUAUGUGUAUUCAUUGCUGUGUUAGUAUUUGCAAUCCAUGUCAGCACAGUAUUUACUGUUUUCCAGCCCUAUCUUCAGACAGUAAUUCAAAUUGCUGUUACUAUAUGGGGUUUCUUAUUACAUUACAUCAUACCUCAAAUGAAAAAGCAACUGCCAUGGCUGUGUUGUUCUCAUCCUAUUCUCAAGGCUCAUGAAUAUGGUCAAUUUGAAGCUUUAGAAGCUGCUAAAGUCAUGUGGUUUGAAAAAGUCCAAGUAUGGUUAUGGUUUAUCGAGAAAAAUGCUCUCUAUCCCUUGCUUUUUCUCAGUGCCUUGACAACUGACUCGUCAUACAUAAUAAAGAACUUUGGCAUUCUUGGAGGCUCUUUAAUUGUGGUAGUGUGCAGUUUCAAGUGCCUGCGCAGUGCCUUUUGUGAUUCUUCCCACCAUUAUUUGGUUCUUGUUUUCAUGACACUUUUCUUCAAUUUUGACUUCCAUGGUUACAAGGAACCUUUUUUAAUAAACUUUUUUGUUUUUUCUAUUGUAUUUAGUAAGUGUUAUGAGUUUCUAUUGAAAGUGAGAUUCAUCAUAAUUUAUAUUGCACCAUGGCAGAUAACUUGGGGAUCUGCAUUUCAUGCAUUUGCUCAGCCAUUCAGUGUGCCUCAUUCGGCAAUGUUAUUUGUACAAGCUGCUAUAUCAUCAGUGUUAUCAACUCCUCUUAGUCCAAUAUUAGGUAGUGCCAUCUUUUUUACAUCUUACGUUCGUCCUGUUAAAUUUUGGGAAAGAGAUUACAACACAAAGAGAGUUGAUCAUUCCAAUACUCGGCUUUCUUCACAAUUGGAAUGUAAUCCAGGUGCUGAUGACAAUAAUUUGAAUUCUAUAUUUUAUGAACACUUGACUCGUUCUCUACAACAUUCCCUCUAUGGGGAUGUGGUGCUAGGAAGGUGGGGAAGAGUAGAACAAGGUGAUUGCUUUGUCUUAGCAUCAGAAAAUCUGAAUUGCUUGGUGCAUGUAAUUGAAGUUGGGAAUGGUCUUAUCACUUUUCAAGUGCGAGGAUUGGAAUUUAGAGGAACGUAUUGCCAACAAAGAGAAGUUGAAGCCAUAAAUGAAGGUGUUGAUGAAGAUGAAGGUUGCUGCUGCUGUGAACCUGGCCAUCUUCCUCAUCUGCUCUCUGUAAAUGCUGCUUUCAACCAGAGAUGGCUGGCAUGGGAAGUUACUACCUCAAAAUAUGUCAUAGAAGGCUAUAGUAUUUCUGAUAACAGCGCCAUUUCUAUGCUACAAGUGUUUGACCUUCGAAAAGCCCUUAUUACAUAUUAUGUUAAAAGUGUUAUAUAUUACACCAUAUGCAAUGAAAAACUGGACAAGUGGCUACAAUCUGAUAUCAUACAAGAAGCUCUUAGACCCACACUGGACAAAAAUUAUGCUGAUCUUGAUCCUGUUUUUAACAUGACUGUAGAUGAGGAUUACGAUUUUAGAGCUUCAGGAGUCUCAAGAAAUAGCUUUUGUAAUGUUUAUCUGGAUUGGAUUCAAUAUUGUAUUUCAAAAAAUAAUUUGACUGUGAGUAGUUCAAAAGACUCUGCAAUGGUAUCACUGUGUUUUGGUCUUAGUCUCCUUGCCAGGCGUGUACUGGGAACAGCUUCUCACAAUUCGUUUGCUAGAGCAAGAAAUGAUUUGCUUUGCAGUGUGGAUUUCCUGCUCUACGGUCUCCAUGCUCUUUUUAAAGGAGAUUUUCGUAUCACGUCUGUAAGAGAUGAAUGGGUUUUUCAAGAUAUGGAUCUUUUACGCAAAGUCAUCGCUCCCAGUGUUCGCAUGGCUCUUAAGCUACAUCAGGAUCAUUUCAUGUCUGCUGAUGAGUACCAAGAACAUGGUGCUUUAUAUGAUGCUAUCAGUGUUUAUCAAAAAACAAUUGUUAUUACUCAUGAAGCUGAUCCAAUCUGGAGAAAUGCUGUUCUGUCUAGUGUUCCUUCUUUAUUGGCUUUGAGACAUAUUUUUGAAGAUGGCUGUGACGAAUAUAAAAUUAUCAUGUUGAACAAAAGAUUCCUGAGCUUUAGGGUUAUCAAGAUUAACAGAGAAUGCGUGCGUGGACUGUGGGCUGGUCAACAACAAGAACUUGUCUACUUACGAAAUCGUAACCCCGAAAGAGGAAGUAUACAAAAUGCAAAGCAGGCUUUACGUAACAUUAUAAAUUCUUCUUGUGAUCAACCAAUAGGCUAUCCUAUUUAUGUAUCUCCUCUCACUACUUCUUAUGCUGAAACAAGUGAUUUGUUGACUUCUAUCCUCGGUAGACCUGUCAGUAUUAGCUUGUUCAAAACAUAUAUAAUUAAUUUCUGGAACAGAUUACGCACUCGUUGUGGAGAAGGUUGUUCCAGUGGUGGAACAGCACGAUGUAGUGAUGAUGGCAUUAUUCGAGAUUCAGGAACUGUGGGUCCUGCAUCAGUAGUUGACAGUGUUCCACCUCGAGGCCGUGGAAGCCAUUCUAGUAAUCAAAGUGGCUCUCGUUCAGGCAGCCAUUCUGGAGAUGCUGCCAGUGAUACGGCACGAAGUACUGGCCGUACAAGUGCUACAAGCAGUGUUGGUCGUGGCAGUAAUGUUGGUAGUCUAGGAAGAAACAGCGCUUCUUUCACAAGGACUAGUUCUGGAAAUGUGGCUGCAGCAUCUGCAGGCAAGACAUCCUCUACCACUUAUGUCAAUCUCACCGCAUUUCGUCCUUUCAAUGGAGAACUCAGUGACUCUGCAAAUUUUGGCAGCAAUGGCGUCAAUACAGCUAGUAGUCUGGAAGAUACACGGACUGUUACCAUAUUCAAUCACCAUAGUGGCCGUACUGAACAUGUUCAUGUAUGACCUUGAGAAUGGUUAGUGUUUGUGAAUUUCAUUUCUGCAGCUCUCUCCAUGACUUAUAUGGUGCCUUGUUGUCAAACCAUGCAGCAGCAUCUUGCUGCAAAAUUGGUUCCCCGGCACUUACACUAAACUGGACAAAAAUUCUUUCCGCCAGAAGGUGUAACAACUUGUAUUAUUUGUACAGUUCACAGAUGGGUUAUCUAGUUGUGAGUAACUGUUGUGUAGUAUUCUUUUUUUUUCCCCUGGAAAACUCGAAAGAUGCGAAACAAAUGUUGUUUCCCUCCUUCUGUGGCAAAUACUAGUCACCAGCAAUUAUUCUGCGAUCUGUAUACCUUUCCAUUUAACUGGUGGUGUUACUUCUAAUGAGCUUAGCACGUUUCUAAGGUUCCUUAUUAGAUGCCAAGACGAUUUUAAAUCCUUAGUCAGCCCCCUUCUAAAAAGGAAAAUCACUGUCUAUAUGUAAUGAAUGUAAUCAAAUUUUUAAAAAUCUAUUCAAAUUACAAUAAUAUAUUAGAAAUUACUGCAUGAAAAUUAGCUGUUAAUAUUGAGUUUCAGAUUUUGAAAUAUUUUUAAUGGAGUGUAUGUAAACAAAAUUAUAAAAUGUGUAAUUAUUUUUUAGCUGUAAUGCAGAAUAGCUUGGCAAAGUGUAAUGUGAAUCUUAGUACAGUAUAAUACAUUCAAUAUACUGUAUUUUUUACAUUUUUGUAUUAAUUAAUCCCUUUUUUUUUGUAUUUAAAAAAAAAAGAUAAUUAUUUUGUGAUUUUUUUUAAAGCUCAUUCUUAAGUUUAAAAAUAAUAACAUAUCUCUUUGUGACUUAUUUAUU